AUGUGCUGCUCGAGCGUGCGCAUGAUGGUGAAACCAAUAGGCACUGGUGUGCCGUCCGCCUUAUCCGGGGCGCGGUGGGUGCGCUUGCGGCUGUGGCCGCCAAGCUGCGACAGCACCGUCAGCGGGACACCAAGGGAGCUGAGCCAGCGAAUGGCAUCGGCGCUCUUCACUGAGAGUGUCUUGACGAGCCCGGGGUCGGUGUUGCCACCGAGACCUGACUUGAAUAUGUCCCGCUCAAAGUACUUCCCACCAUCCCGGAUGCCCUGCUCCUGCUGA